CUCGCACUCUGCGGAGAGUCCCGCGCCGGCGGCGCCUUUCUUCCGAGCCACCCGAAAGGCGGCAGCGAGAUGCGGGGCGGCGCGGGGGUCGCCCUCCUGGCCUCGCUGCUCUGGAUUACCGCGCAGUGUCAGCAGAGAGGCCUGUUUCCUGCCAUUCUCAAUCUUGCCAGCAACGCCAACAUCAGCACUAAUGCGACCUGUGGAGAGAGAGGGCCUGAGAUGUUCUGCAAACUUGUGGAGCAUGUGCCCGGCCGCCCAGUGCGCUAUGCACAGUGCCGGAUCUGCGACGGCGGCAGCUCGAACCCCAAAGAACGCCAUCCAAUAUCCAAUGCCAUAGACGGCACCAACAACUGGUGGCAAAGUCCCAGCAUUCAGAAUGGGAGAGUGUUUCACUGGGUCACGAUCACCCUGGACUUGAGACAGGUUUUUCAAGUCGCUUAUGUCAUCAUCAAAGCUGCUAAUGCCCCCCGACCUGGAAACUGGAUUUUGGAGCGAUCUCUGGAUGGCACCCACUUCAGCCCCUGGCAGUAUUACGCAGUUAGUGACACAGAAUGCUUGACUCGUUACAAUAUCACGCCAAGACGGGGCCCACCAACCUACAGAGCGGAUGAUGAAGUGAUCUGUACCUCCUAUUAUUCCAGACUGGUGCCACUUGAACAUGGAGAGAUCCAUACAUCACUCAUCAAUGGCAGACCAAGUGCUGAUGAUCUUUCACCCAAGUUGUUGGAAUUUACCUCUGCAAGAUAUAUCCGCCUUCGCUUACAGCGCAUUAGAACCCUCAAUGCAGAUCUUAUGACCCUCAGCCACCAUGACCCUAAAGACCUUGAUCCCAUUGUCACAAGACGAUAUUACUAUUCAAUCAAAGACAUUUCUGUUGGUGGAAUGUGCAUUUGUUAUGGCCAUGCUAGUAGCUGCCCAUGGGAUGAAACUACAAAGAAACUACAGUGUCAGUGUGAACAUAACACGUGUGGGGAGAGCUGCAAUAAGUGUUGUCCUGGAUUCCAUCAACAUCCCUGGAGGCCUGGCACCAUUUCUUCUGGUAACAGGUGUGAAAAAUGUAAUUGUCACAAUAAAACCAAAGACUGCUACUAUGAUGAAAGUGUUGCAAGUCAGAAGAGAAGUCUGAAUAUUGCUGGACAGUUCAAAGGAGGAGGGGUUUGCAUAAAUUGCCUGCAGAACACCAUGGGAAUCAAUUGUGAAACCUGUAUCAAUGGAUAUUACAGACCACACAAAGUAUCUCCUUAUGAGGACAAUCCUUGCCAUCCCUGUGAGUGUGAUCCUUUGGGAUCCCUCAGUUCUGUCUGUAUCAAGGAUGAUCUCCAUUCUGACUUACACAAAGGGAAAUGGCCCGGUCAGUGUCCAUGCAAAGAAGGUUACGCAGGAGACAAAUGUGAUCGCUGCCAAUUUGGCUACAAGGGUUUCCCAGACUGCGUCCCCUGUGGCUGCAACAUGACUGGCAGCAUGAAUGACGACCCCUGCUCGGAGCCUUGUCUUUGUAAGGAGAAUGUUGAAGGCAAAGAAUGUGAUCGCUGCAAAUCAGGAUUCUAUAACUUGCAGGAAAGAAACCCCCAGGGCUGCACGGAGUGCUUCUGCUUCGGGGUUUCUGACGUCUGUGACAGCCUUUCUUGGUCCAUCAGUCAGGUGAAAGAUAUGUCUGGGUGGCUAGUCACGGACUUGAUUCAUCCAAGUAAGAUCCCGUCCCAGCAGGCCGCGCUGGGCGGGCAGCAUCAGAUCAGCAUCAACAACACAGUGGUCAUGCAGAGGCUCACGUCCAAGUACUACUGGUCCGCUCCUGACACCUACCUUGGAAAUAAGCUGACUGCGUUUGGAGGAUUCCUGAAGUACACAGUGUCUUAUGAUAUUCCGAUGGAGUCAGUGGACGGUGACCUCAUGUCUCAUGCUGACGUUAUCAUCAAGGGAAAUGGACUCACUUUAAGCACUCAGGCUGAGGGCCUGUCACUGCAACCCUAUGAGGAAUACUUCAAUGUGAUUAAGCUUGUGCCAGAGAACUUCCGAGAUUUUAAUAACAAAAGGGAGAUAGAUCGGGACCAGCUGAUGACUGUCCUUGCCAAUGUGACACAUCUCUUGAUCAGAGCCAACUACAACUCUGCAAAAAUGGCUCUUUAUAGGUUGGACUCAGUUACUCUGGACACAGCUAGCCCUAACGUCAUAGGCCUGGCCCUGGCCACAAAUGUGGAGCUCUGCGAGUGUCCCCAGGGCUACACAGGGGUCUCCUGCGAGUCCUGUGUUCCAGGCUAUUACCGUGUGGAUGGAAUACUCUUCGGAGGAAUCUGUCAGCCCUGUGAAUGUCAUGGCCACGCAACUGAGUGCGAUAUCCAUGGCGUUUGUUUUGCAUGUGAGCACAACACCACCGGGGACCACUGUGAGCAGUGUGCACCUGGCUUCUAUGGCCUGCCCUCCAGAGGGACCCCUGGGGACUGCCAGCCCUGUGCCUGCCCCCUCUCCACAGCCUCCAACAAUUUCAGCCCCACCUGCCACCUGGAUGAUGGAGACGAAAUGGUGUGUGACCAGUGUGCUCUGGGAUAUGCAGGCAUUUGGUGCGAGAGAUGUGCAGAUGGUUACUAUGGCAACCCCACAGUGCCAGGGGAGUCCUGUGUUCCCUGUAACUGCAGCGGCAACGUGGACCCCUUAGAAGCGGGCCACUGUGACUCAGUCACCGGGGAGUGCCUGCGCUGCAUUGGGAACACAGACGGCCCCCACUGUGAGAGGUGCAAGGAGGGGUUCCACGGGGACGCCGUGACUGCUAAAAACUGCCGCGCUUGUGAGUGCCAUGGAGAGGGCGCCCUUUCCGGAGUGUGCCACCAUGAGACUGGCCUCUGUGACUGCAAACCACAUGUGACCGGACAGCAGUGUGACCAGUGCUUGCACGGCUAUUAUGGCUUGGCCACAGGGCAUGGCUGCCUGCCCUGUAACUGCAGCGCGUUGGGCUCCAUGUCAGACGACUGCACAGAGGAAGGCCGGUGUCACUGCAUUCUGGGUGUAGCUGGGGACAGGUGUGACAGGUGUGCUCAGGGCUUCUACGCAUUCCAGGACGGUGGCUGUACACCCUGUGACUGCGCACACACUGGCAACACCUGUGACCCCGCCUCUGGGGAGUGCAUCUGCCCGCCCCACACCCAGGGUGCAGCCUGUGGAGAAUGUGAACCCGGAUACUGGGGCCAUGACCUGGAGCUCGGGUGCCAGGCCUGCAAUUGCAGUCUUGUAGGCUCAGCCAGUGACCAGUGCGACAUGCUCACUGGCCUCUGUCAGUGUCAGCCCACCUUCGGGGGACGGUGCUGUGAUCGGUGCGCCCUGGGCCACCGCGACUUCCCUGACUGUGUGGCUUGUGACUGCGACCUGAGGGGCACGGUGGCUGACACCUGUGACCAGGAGCGGGGCCUCUGUGGCUGUGCAGAGGAAACAGGCUCCUGCUCUUGCAAGGAAAAUGUCAUUGGCCUGCAGUGCAGUGAGUGCCGACCAGGUACCUACGGGCUGCAGGCUGACAACCCUCGGGGGUGCACCCCGUGCUUCUGCUUUGGGCUCUCGCAGCUCUGCUCGGAGGUGGAGGGUUACAUGAGGACCCCGGUAAUGCUGGACUCAGAUCAACCUCUUCUGCGUGUGGUUUCUCAGAGUAACCUUAGGGGCACGGCUGAGGGGGUGUAUCUCCAGGCCCCAGAUGUCCUCCUGGACGCUGUGACUGUCAGGCAGCAUGUCCAUGAAGAGCCAUUUUACUGGCGGCUGCCCGGCCAGUUCCAGGGGGACCAGCUCAUGGCCUACGGUGGCACACUAAGGUAUAGCGUGGCUUUUUACUCAUCCAACGGCAUCGGCACCUUCAACCUUGAACCACAAGUGCUCAUCAAAGGCGGCCAGACCAGAAAGCAAGUGAUUUAUGUGGACAUGCCCCCUCCAGAGAACGGAGUGUGGCAAGAGCAAGAAGUCGGAAUGAAAGAGAGUUUUUGGAAAUAUUUUAACUCUGUUUCUGAAGAACCUGUCACACGCUCGGAUUUUAUGUCUGUUCUUAGCAACAUUGAGUACAUUCUCAUCAAAGCAUCAUAUGGCCAAGGAUUACAACAAAGCAGAAUCUCCAAUGUCUCGAUGGAGGUUGGCAGAAAGGCAGAGACACUGCGUCCCGGGAGCAAAGCAGCGUCCCUCAUAGAGAAGUGUCUCUGUCCUGCUGGCACUGCUGGACUCUCCUGUCAGGACUGUGCACCUGGUUACCACAGAGGGAAGCUUCCAGAAAAUGGUGGCAAAGGACCCCACCAUCUGCUCGCUCCUUGUGUGCCCUGCAGUUGCAACAACCACAGUGACACCUGUGACCCUGAAACUGGGACUUGUCUGAACUGCAGCGAAAACACCACUGGCGACCACUGUGACAUGUGUGCUCCAGGCUACUAUGGGAAGGUGGCUGGAUCGGCCGCUGACUGCUCUCCCUGCACCUGCCCUCGCCACGCUCCAGCCAGUUUCAGUCCCACCUGUGUCUUGGAGGGUGAUGACCUGCGCUGCGAUGCUUGCUUUAUGGGCUACGAAGGACGGUAUUGUGAAAGGUGCUCCACAGGCUAUCACGGGGACCCUCAAGCACCAGGUGGCACUUGCCAGAGGUGCAACUGCAGCCCAAGAGGCUCUCUUCACAGUGACUGUGACCGAGGCACUGGGCAGUGUGUCUGCAGGCCGGGGUCCACCGGACUCCGGUGUGAGGAUUGUGAGCCAAGGCACAUUCUGAUGGACACCUAUUGCGUUUCUUGUGAUGAUGACUGUGUAGGUGCGCUGCUGAAUGACUUGGAGAGUAUUGGUGAGACCAUUAUUUCUGUGAACCUCACUGGUGUUAUCCCUGCCCCAUAUGGAAUGUUGUCAGAACUGGAAAAUUCAACUAAAUAUCUCCAGGAGUCUUUAUUAAAAGAAAAUACACAAAAGGAACUGGCAAAAAUUCAAGUUGAAGGUGUUGCAGAACAAAUGGAUGCUCUGCAAAAGGAGCUCACUAGAGUGUUAACAAGUAGCCAACAUGUGACCAGGGUGACUGAGAGAAUCUUCAACAAGAGUCAAGACCUCAUGACAUUCACAGAGAAAUUGCAGCUAAACAUCCAAGAGCUUAUUGAAAAGUCAACAACUCUAGAUCAUUCCUUGGAUGAAGAGUUCCAGCUACCCAGUUCCACUCUUCAGAUUAUGCAAAAGAACCUUACAUCUUUGCUAGAAAUCAUACAGAAAAGGCAUUUCAUGCAGUUGUACCAAAAUGCUACUCUGGAACUCAAUGAUGCUGAAGAUUUAUUGUCACAAAUUCAGAAGAAUUACCAGGAGCCACAGGAAGAGUUGGUGGUAUUAAAAGAAGCAGCAAGCAGGCUGCUUUCAAAACACCACAAUGAACUGCAAGCAGCAAAAGACCUCCUGAGAGAAGCAGAGGCAAAGACACAGGAGAGCUCCCGCCUGCUGCUCAUUGGCAAUGCCAACCUGGGAGAAUUCAGUGAUAAAAAGCUGCAUGUUCAAGAAGAACAAAACUUGACUUCGACUCUUGUCUCCAAAGGGAGAGUGUGGCUAGAUGCUGCCACUGCAGGUGCAGACGCUGCACAAAAUGCUCUAGCACAGUUAGAGAAUCACCGCGAUGAGCUACUGUUGUGGACUGCCAAACUCAGACAACAUGUAGAUGACCUGGUUAUGCAGAUGGCCAAGAGGAAAGCACUUGACCUUGUCUACAGAGCAGAGGACCAUGCAGCUGAGCUCCAGAGACUAGCAGGCACUCUGGACAGUGAUCUCAGAAAUGUCAGACAUGUGUCCCUGAAUGCGACCAGUGCCACCCAUAUCCAUUCCGACAUUCAGAAUUUGAUUGAAGAAUCAGAAAAAUUUGCCAAAGAUGCUCUCAGUACUGUGACUGAGGUGAACCUGCUCUCAGAAUCCCUUGUUUCCAGUGGGAAGGUGGCUCUCCGGAACAGCUCCAAAUUUCUAAAAGAAGGCAGUAAUCUGGGCAGAAAGCAUCAAGGUAUUGCAUUGGAACUGAGUGAAUUGAAAAAUACAGUGAACAGAUUUCAAGAGAAUGCUCAUCAAAUUACUAGGCAAACCAAUGAGUCACUCUUAAUACUUGGAGCAAUUCCUGAAGGUAUCAGAGACAAAGGAGCCAAAAUCAAAGCACUGGCCACAUCUGCAAAUGAGAGUGCCCUGAACACCCUGAACACCACUGAGGAGUUGACUCGGAAGCUCUUGAACAUAUCCCCUGACCUGUCUGAGGUCAACAGCACCUUACAAGAAACAAAUCAACUUCUGCAGGACUCCUCAGCAACUACUCUGCUGGCAGGAAGAAAAGUUAAGGACGCGGAAACCCAAGCCAACCUGUUAUUUGAUCGGUUGAAGCCUUUGAAGAUAUUAGAAGAGAAUCUGAGCAGAAAUCUAUCAGAAAUCAAACUGCUGAUCAACCAGGCCCGAAAACAAGCAGCUUCUAUUAAAGUUGCUGUGUCUGCAGACAGAGAUUGCAUCCGGGCCUACCAGCCACAGAUUUCUUCUACUAACUAUAACACCUUAACACUAAAUGUUAAAACAAGCGAACCUGAUAACCUUCUCUUCUACCUGGGAAGCAGUACCAGUACUGACUUCCUGGCAGUGGAGAUGCGGCGCGGGAACGUGGCCGUCCUCUGGGAUGUGGGCUCUGGGUCAGCACGCUUGGAAUUUCCAGACUUUCCCAUUGAUGACAACAAAUGGCACAGUAUUUAUGUAACCAGGUUUGGGAACAUUGGGUCAUUGAGUGUAAAGGAAAUGAGCGCAUCGCAAAAGCCACCUUCAAAAACAAGUAAAUCCCCAGGAACAGCUAAUGUUCUGGAUAUAAACAACUCCACGCUCAUGUUUGUUGGAGGGCUUGGAGGACAGAUCAAGAAGUCCCCUGCUGUAAAAGUUACUCAUUUCAAAGGCUGCAUGGGGGAAGCCUUCCUGAAUGGACAGUCCAUUGGCCUGUGGAAUUACCUUGAAAGAGAGGGGAAGUGCCACGGCUGCUUUGGAAGUCUCCAGAAUGAAGACUCUUCCUUCCAUUUUGAUGGGAGUGGGUAUUCUGUAAUGGAGAAGACACUCCGGGCUACCGUGACUCAGAUAAUUAUGCUUUUUAGUACCUUUUCACCUAAUGGACUCCUUCUCUAUCUCGCUUCAAAUGGCACGAAGGACUUUUUAUCCAUUGAGCUUGUCCAUGGCAGAGUUAAAGUCACUGUUGACCUGGGCUCAGGGCCUCUUGCUCUUAUUACAGACAGACGAUAUAAUAAUGGAACCUGGUACAAAAUUGCCUUCCAGCGAAACCGAAAGCAAGGACUCCUAGCAGUUAUUGAUGCAUAUAACACCAGUUAUAAAGAAACCAAGCAAGGAGAAACUCCGGGUGCAUCUUCUGACCUCAAUCGUCUUGAUAAGGAUCCAAUUUAUGUGGGUGGAUUACCUAGGUCAAGAGUUGUAAGGAAAGGUAUCACCAGCAAAAACUAUGUGGGUUGUAUCAAAAACCUGGAAAUAUCGAGAUCAACCUUUGAUUUACUCAGGAAUUCCUAUGGAGUGAGAAAAGGCUGCAUACUGGAGCCUAUCAGAAGUGUCAGCUUCCUGAAAGGUGGCUAUGUUGAAUUGCCACCCAAGUCCUUGUCAUCAGAAUCGGAAUUAUUAGUGACCUUUGCCACCAACAACAGCAGUGGCAUCAUCCUGGCUGCCCUGGACAAGCACAGGGAGAAGCAGGGCCACCGACACCCCCACGUGCCCUUCUUUACCAUCAUGCUGAUUGAAGGCCACAUUGAAGUGCAUGUUAAUCCAGGGGACGGAACGAGCCUGAGAAGAGUGAUCCUGCGCGCGCCCCUGGGCACAUAUGGCGAUGGUCAAGAACAUUCUGUCUCCCUGAUAAGGAAUGGGAGAACUAUCACUGUCCAGUUGGAUGAGACACAUCCUGUAGAGAUGAAGUUGGGUCCAUCAGCGGAAAACAGAACAAUAAACAUAUCCAGCCUGUACAUAGGGGGGGUUCCAGAGGGUGAGGGGACAUCCCUGCUCAAGAUAAGAAGCUCAUUCCAUGGCUGCAUCAGAAACCUGAUCUUCAACAUGGAACUUUUGGAUUUCACUAGUGCAGUUGAUUAUGAACAAGUGGACCUGGACACCUGCCGGCUUUCUGAAAGGCUGAACCCAGCUUCCCCUGGAGAGGACAGCGAGCUCCUGCCAGAGCCCCAGCCUUUACCACGUCCAGAACAGUGUGCCUUGGAAGGAGCUCCAGAGUAUGUCCCCGGCGCUCACCAGUUUGGCCUCGCACAACAUAGCCAUUUCGUGUUGCCUUUUAACCAGUCAGCUGUCAGAAGGAGGCUCACGGUUGAGCUCAGCAUCCGCACAUUUGCCCCCAGUGGCCUGAUUUACUACAUGGCUCAUCAGAACCAAGUUGAUUAUGCCACCCUCCAGCUGCGUGGGGGCCGCCUCCACUUCAUGUUUGAUCUGGGGAAAGGCAGAACCCAGGUCUCCCACCCGGUACUUCUCAGUGAUGGCAAGUGGCACACGGUCAAAACAGAGUACUUUAAAAGAAAGGGCUCCAUGACAGUUGACGGCCAGGAAUCCCCCCUGGUGACCACGGUGGGAGAUGGUACUACAUUGGAUGUGGAAGGAAAAUUGUACCUAGGUGGCCUUCCCUCCGAGUACAGGGCCAGGAACAUUGGAACCAUCACCCACAGCAUCCCCGCUUGCAUUGGAGAGGUGACAAUGAACAGCAAACCUCUGGACAAGGACAGCCCAAUGUCUGCAUUUGCAGUCACCAGGUGCUAUGCAGCAGCCCAGGAAGGGUCUUUCUUUGAAGGAAGUGGCUAUGCAGCUCUGGUCAAAGAAGGCUACAGAGUGCGAUCAGACAUAAACAUCACACUGGAGUUUCGUACCUCCUCAGAAAACGGAGUCCUUCUGGGGAUCAGCAGUGCCAAAGUGGAUGCCAUUGGAUUAGAGAUUGUAAAUGGCAAGCUCUUGUUUCAUGUUAAUAAUGGUGCCGGUAGGAUAACAGCUACAUAUGAGCCCAAAACUACCAGUACUCUCUGCAAUGGGAAGUGGCACACACUUCAGGCUAACAAAAGCAAACACCGCUUGGUGCUCAUUGUGGAUGGAAAUGCAGUUCAUGCUGAAAGUCCACACACCCAGUCCACCUCAGUGGACACCAACAACCCCAUCUAUGUCGGCGGCUACCCUGCUGAUGUAAAGCAAAACUGCCUGAGCAGCCAGACUUCCUUCCGGGGGUGUUUGAGAAAGCUGACUCUGAUUAAGGGCCCACAUGUGCAACCUUAUGACUUCAGCAGAGCUUUUGACCUACAAGGAGUUUUCCCUCAUUCCUGUCCUGGGACUGAGUCCUGAACUUCAGGAAAAUUCCUCAAUUGGGGAUCAUUGUUUAUAUUUUGAGAGUUGUUUUUGUGAACUAAAAACUCUUCAGUUCAGAUUUCACUUCCAACUCAGGUUGUUUCCAGGUAGAAACAUUGCGCUUACGUUCAACUAAAACCAUGUGUACAACAAAUACCUCCAUUAAAUAGAUUAAAAUAUAAAUUGAAUCCAUUAACCAAGAGUGAUUCAGUA